AUGCCACCCAUACCGCGAACCACGCCCCUCCCCCGCGUCAUCACCUACUACCAGACACACCACACCCCCGAUGGCAAGCCGAUUUCCAUCCUCCCGCUCAUCACGCAGCCCGACAUCAGCGUAACCCACGUGAUCCUCGCCGCGAUACACAUCAACGACGACCCGCACGCCCUCACCCUCAACGACCACCGACCCGACGACCCGCGCUUCCUGACGCUAUGGGCAGAGCUGCGUGUGCUGCAGGCGAGCGGGGUGAAGGUGCUGGGCAUGCUUGGAGGCGCUGCUCGCGGCUCGUAUGAGAGGCUCGACGGCGAUGACGAGGCCAAGUUUGAGAAGUACUACAUCCCGCUGCGCGACAUGGUGCGGAAACACGCUCUCGACGGCAUCGAUUUGGAUGUGGAGGAGGAGAUGAGCUUGGGCGGUGUGAUACGCUUGAUCGACCGGAUACGGCAAGACUUUGGGAAGGACUUUAUCAUCACCAUGGCACCCGUGGCUAUGGCGUUGCUCGACCCGUUCAAGAACCUGAGCGGCUUCGACUACGAGGCGCUGGAGGUUAUGCGCGGGAAGGAGAUCGCGUGGUACAAUGCCCAGUUCUACUGCGGAUGGGGCGACUGCAGUAACCCCGUCAUGUACGAGAUGCUGCUGGCGAAGGGCUGGGCGCCGGAGAAGAUCGUCAUCGGCCUGGUGACAAAUCCGGAGAACGGCGGCGGCUGGGUGCCGUGGGAGAUGCUGGGGUCCGUACUCCUUCUGCUCCGAGGCCGUUAUGAGCGGUUCGGAGGUGUUAUGGGCUGGGAGUACUUCAACAGCUUGCCCGGCGGAAGGGAGAAGCCAUGGGAGUGGGCCCAGUGGAUGACGACGAUGCUGCGAUCAGAGAAGGCUUCCUCAUGGCCGGCGCAUGGAGUUUUGCCGGUGGAAACAAGUGAGAUUGCCAAGGUGGUCAAGAAGGAGCUCGUCGAUGAGGUCGACCCCGAUGGACCCAACAGCAAGGAUGCGCCGCUGCCAGCGAGCUUUGACUACUAUUCAGACACCAACCUCGACGAUGAUUGA